AUGACCAAGACAUGCGUGCUGAGACGAAACACCCUGCUGCACUUGAUCUUUGUGGAGCUGUCACCAAUGCUGGUUUUCCAGUUUGCGCUGCAGGAUUUCCUGAAAAGUGUCGCCGUAGACUACUACGAGAACACACACACGUGUGGCGAGGAUCCCGGGUGCCUGACGCAAGCCUCUUACGAGCUUGUUUGGACUUUUCAGUCCAAGUACUCCAGUUAUUGCUUCUCAUAUGAUUGGAGGCGUCGGGCCGUGGCUCUUCCUAUUGUAAACUGGAUCUUUUUCGUGCUGGUCGUGUUUAUUUGGCUGAUCCCGGUCACCAGCUUCAUACAAGAAUUCGGAGUCUGGACUAGCGACGUCAACAGGGGGCGCUAUUUGCAAUGCAUGUUCCGCGCCCAGCAGGAUGAACGCUACCGACGACUGUGCUGGCUAACAGAGCGACUAGCCUUGCUGACUGCGAUUUGUCUUCUGGUGUUUGCGUGGAUCCUCGGAGCGCUGAUGUGGGUGCUUGAGACAAAGCUAAUAAACGGCUUGGUCAUGGCCGCAAGCAUGCGAGCCUUCACUCGGCCGAUUCAUCCGACCUUCAACUUCGCGGGUGAAAGCUUCAGUUGCAGACGCUAA